AUGACCUAUGUAUUAAGCCAGAAGUUCCUGAUCUCAAGGAAUAUUUACAAAAGAUGUUGGGAAGCUGGAGAGAAAGCUGUGAAUGUGUCCGAAUUACGCCAUGCUGAACAUGAUGAUGAACGUGUGCAAAAGCCGGAAUGGUCGGUGGUAAUCGGUGUUUGCACCCAUCUUGGAUGUGUGCCGAUUGCAAAUGCCGGUGACUUCGGUGGCUACUUCUGCCCGUGUCACGGAUCCCAUUAUGAUGCGUCCGGACGUAUAAGAAAGGGACCAGCUCCGUUGAACCUUCAUGUGCCAGCUUACUCGUUCAAGGGUAACACUGUUGUGAUCGGUACCUCAUAA